GGAGAGGAGGGAGAGAGGGAGGGAGAGGGAUAGUUGAGUUGUGUCCCAUACAUGGAGACAAAAAAGGCAGCGGUGAACACAAGGUCUGCUCUCUGCUCUCUGCUCUCUGCUCUCUGCUCUCUGCUCUCUGCUCUCUGCCCAACAGGAUUAUCUAACUGCUGCGUUCAGAUAGAAAGAGAAUCUGCAGGCAUGAAUAGGGUAAGAAGGGUGUUGUAGCCCGUUAGUACUGGCAACCCCUAACAGUGAUGGACAACAGGCAGACAGAUGCUAACCUGGACCUGGCUGGUUACUGCUCUCCUCUGACAGAACUACUCUCCUCCUAACUGAGACCAGCUCCACAGAAUGUUGAGCCCCGUUGCCCCCUAUAGCCUGUAUAAGAUGCACUGGAACCCGGAGCAUGCCCAGUCCCUCAGUCAGUCCCUCAGCCAGUCCCUCAGCCAGUGGCCUGAGCAGCACCUGGAUGUGUCUUCCACCACCUCCUCACCGGCCCACAAGUCUGAGCUUUACGCCGCUGGCCACGCCCACGGCCGAGGUGGCUACGCCUGGGCCAAUGAUGACAUCUCAGCCCUCACCGCCUCCAACCUGCUGAAGAGCUAUGCAGAGAAGUACUGUGAUGUUCUAGACUCGCCAUACGACCGUCCACCGGGGCCCGCUGUAGGGGCCUACCCAGAGCCAGGGGCUUUCGGGGGCCUUAUUGGCCUCAAGACUGAGCUGGAACACUGGCCCCUGAGCCACAGUGCAGAAGGGCUAUACCCCGGGUCCCUGGAUGGUCUCUCGGGCCCGAAGGCCGGGGCCACAUCAGCAGGGCCCCCAGGGGCGAGCAAUAUGUCAGGGGUCAACAGUAACCUCUCAGAAUCUUGUUAUAGUGGUAGCAGCUCCUCCUCUGGCUCUCACUCAGGUGACUACAACCGCCCCAGCUACAACGGUACCUACGUCUCGCCUGGCUACUGCCCCCAGCCCCCUUCAGCACUCCCCCCUGCCUCCCUCCAACACCCCCUCCAGCCCACACCCACCCUGUUGCCCAGCUACUCCCUCUCCACCUCGGUCUACAACUACCCCCCCAGCAGCUACCCCCACCAGCCCGGCCUGGGCCCCACCUACAGCCACCCCUCUGCAGGGUACUUACCCCCGGGGCUGGCCGCCCCCACUCCCCUCCCGUCUCGGCCCACCGUGGUCGGGGGUAGCUACGGCUACCAGGAAUCCAGAGGUGGGUUGAAGAGGAAGGCGUUUGAAAUGUCAUUAGACGAGGAGGAGGAUGGCUCUAGAUACAGUAAGUAUACAAGCUACGACCCAGUGAAGCCCGGAGGAGGGGACUCUCUCUCUCCCUACAGAGUGGGAGAUAAAGAAAACAGUGGCUUCACCACGGGCAGCACAGAUCCCCAGGCCUUCAAGCCCAGUAAGCCCUCCUCCCAGCUCCUCGUGUCUCCUCCGUACAGGGUGGCUUUAGCAGGGGACUACAGCCCACCAGCAGGGAUGACUGGGGAGAACGUAGGAGGAGGAGGAGGGUCAGAGAACCAGGGCUUCACCCAGCAGCAGCACCACUCCUCCCUGGUCCACAACAAUAAACUCCCCUCCCUGCAUGGCCAGGGCCAGCCUGGGUCUGGGCCAGGGGAGUCGGGCAGCCUGAAGAGCCCAGACCCCAGGCUUCUGGAUCUAGUCAAUGGGGAGUUGCUGGACUGUAGCCCGGCCCUGCUAUGGGGGGAGCUGGCUGGGCUGACCCAUGUCAAGGCUGCCCUGGAGGAGGAGCUGCUGUGGCCCUGUCUUAGGCCCAGCCCCGCUGUCCGCCCCCCAGCCACUGUUCUGUUAUUCGGCCCCCGAGGAGGCGGGAAGACCACCCUAGCACGCUCCAUGGCCUCCCAGCUUGGGGCCUCCUUCUAUAGGCUCAGCGGGGCCAUGUUAGCCUCUAAAGGCAAGGCUGAGGCUGAGGGGAUCCUGGAGGCCACACUGCAGGUGGCGGGGUUGAGGCAGCCCUCCGUGGUGCUGCUCAGUGAGGUGGAGGCUAUGGAGAAGGAGGAGGGGUUGAGGCAGGUGUUGCUAUCUGCCCUGGAGAAGGCCCAGAUGGAGUUAGGAUCGGCGGGAGGAGCCCCUGGGCUGGUGAUCAUGGUGUGUGCCACCGGUAGGCCAGAUCUGCUCCAGGAUGCUGUGCAUCGGAGCUUCGCCAAGCGCUACCACGUGGGCCUGCCAGAUGCUUUUUACAGAAAGCCGAGUUGAGCGCAACGUGCAUCUCCAGUUAGUUAGGAUUCCAUCCAAAGAUCUUGGUUAUUCGUGAUCCAAGACAUAAAUCAGCAAUGUGUUGUCAAGGUGACAUGGUCCAAGGAAAUGGAUAGUCAGGGUCCUGUUCAUGAGGCACCAAACAAAAUAAAACAUACAGAAACAGGGAAGGAACAACCUGGAUUUGUCCAUUAAGAAAAAUGUAUUUUCGAUUUCCAUUGCAAAACAGACUGAAUAGGGCCAGGACUACCUGGACUCGUCCAACAUAGAACACACAUUUUUGUUUUCCAUCGCAAAACUUUUUAAAACGUUUGCCCUAAUGAACAGGACCCAGGGUUGAUUUGGGAGAACCCCCUGUUGACUGACUGCUACUCUCAGGACUUUAUUCAUUACAGUCCUCCCCUGUGGUGUUUUAGAUGUCAUUACCUUAUUCAUUACCAGUCCCCCCCUGUGGUGUUUUAGAUGUCAUUACCUUAUUCAUUACCAGUGGUGUUUUAGAUGUCAUUACCUUAUUCAUUACCAGUCUACUCCUGUGGUGUUUUAGAUUUCAUUACCUUAUUCAUUACCAGUCCUCUCCUGUGGUGUUUUAGAUGUCAUUACCUUAUUCAUUACCAGUCCUCUCCUGUGGUGUUUUAGAUGUCAUUACCUUAUUCAUUACCAGUGGUAUUUUAGAUUUCAUUACCUUAUUCAUUACCAGUCCUCCCCUGUGGUGUUUUAGAUGUCAUUACCUUAUUCAUUACCAGUCCCCCCCUGUGGUGUUUUAGAUUUCAUUACCUUAUUCAUUACCAGUCCUCUCCUGUGGUGUUUUAGAUUUCAUUACCUUAUUCAUUACCAGUCCUCCCCUGUGGUGUUUUAGAUUUCAUUACCUUAUUCAUUACCAGUGGUGUUUUAGAUUUCAUUACCUUAUUCAUUACCAGUCCUCUCCUGUGGUGUUUUAGAUUUCAUUACCUUAUUCAUUACCAGUCCACUCCUGUGGUGUUUUAGAUUUCAUUACCUUAUUCAUUACCAGUCCUCUCCUGUGGUGUUUUAGAUUUCAUUACCUUAUUCGUUACCAGUCCUCUCCUGUGGUGUUUUAGAUUUCAUUACCUUAUUCAUUACCAGUCCUCUCCUGUGGUGUUUUAGAUGUCAUUACCUUAUUCAUUACCAGUGGUAUUUUAGAUUUCAUUACCUUAUUCAUUACCAGUCCACUCCUGUGGUGUUUUAGAUUUCAUUACCUUAUUCAUUACCAGUCCUCUCCUGUGGUGUUUUAGAUUUCAUUACCUUAUUCAUUACCAGUCCUCCCCUGUGGUGUUUUAGAUUUCAUUACCUUAUUCAUUACCAGUGGUGUUUUAGAUUUCAUUACCUUAUUCAUUACCAGUCCUCUCCUGUGGUGUUUUAGAUGUCAUUACCUUAUUCAUUACCAGUCUACUCCUGUGGUGCUUUAGAUUUCAUUACCUUAUUCAUUACUAGUCCUCUCCUGUGGUGUUUUAGAUGUCAUUACCUUAUUCAUUACCAGUCUACUCCUGUGGUGCUUUAGAUUUCAUUACCUUAUUCAUUACCAGUCCUCCCCUGUGGUGUUUUAGAUGUCAUUACCUUAUUCAUUACCAGUGGUGUUUUAGAUUUCAUUACCUUAUUCGUUACCAGUCCUCUCCUGUGGUGUUUUAGAUGUCAUUACCUUAUUCAUUACUAGUCCUCUCCUGUGGUGUUUUAGAUGUCAUUACCUUAUUCAUUACCAGUGGUAUUUUAGAUUUCAUUACCUUAUUCAUUACCAGUCCUCUCCUGUGGUGUUUUAGAUGUCAUUACCUUAUUCAUUACUAGUCCUCUCCUGUGGUGUUUUAGAUGUCAUUACCUUAUUUAUCACCCUAUUUAGCAUCAUUAUUGGUCAUUUGGGUGUGAAAAGAGCUUAGGAUCUAUCUGAAUAACUUUUCUUUUUUUUUUAAACCCCAAAAUAUCAAUAGUAGCUCAUCGUCUCUUAUUGACUUAAAACAUAGCUUCUCACCAAAAUCAUGACAUCAUGACCAUUACAAAAAUCAAACUUUAAAAAAACGUUGAAAUGGAACGUAUUGGUCAUGGUACUGGGCUGUAUUUGAUAAUAGACUCGGUGGUUCGAGCCCUGAAUAUUGAUUGGCUGAAAGCCGUGAGACUGUAUACCACGGGUAUGACAAACAUUUAAUUUGACUGUUCUAGUUACAUUUGUAACCAGUUUAUAAUAGCAAUAAGGCACCUUUGGAGGUUUGUGGUAUGCUAUAUGGCCAAUAUACCACAGCGUAGCGUUGUUCCUAAGAACAGCCCUGAGCCGUGGUAUAUUUGCCAAAUACCACACCUCCUCAGGCCUUAUUGCUUAAAUAUACAACGCUAUAAUUCAAAGACAUAAGCAUAAUGUCCACACAUGUAUUUGAAUGUUGAUUUAUCACAUAUUCCUCGUUCACCAGUUCCUGAGAAUGUUGCUUUAAUACAAAAUAUAACACACACAGGCACUGCAAGGCAAGAUGGCAGCUCCUUGGAUGUUGCUUUAAUACAAAAUAUAACACACACAGGCACAGUAAGGCGGAAGCCUUGUUUGAAAUGCUCAGGAAAAAAUGAAUUUACCUCAGAAAUUUGAAAUAAAGAAUGUAUGUAAUCUUCAGGUCUUGGUGGAGAGAGUAGAGGAGGAGAGAAAGAGGAGAGAAAGAAGAGGAGAGAAAGAGGGGGAGGAAAAAGAGAAGAGCCCUAACAGAGUCCUGUUGCAUACACACUGCAGCUGUCUGUGCAUAUACCUUUGGGGAGAAACUUGAAAAUGCUACAAAGAGUAACAUUGAAUGUAAUUCAGGUAUUUCACAGGAUAUUUGACGCCAUAAAAUCAAUGGUUUUAUUAUUAUAUGUGAAUAUAAAUACAUGUUUUUAAAUUUGAAUGUCUAUUUUUCUUUUGGUGGAAGGCUGGUUGUGUUUAUGAAGUGUUAUGUUGAACACAGAAAAUAUUAGAUUUUUGUUGGACAAACUGUUUACAAAUCAACCCAAAGCAUUGUGUUUACAUGUACUAUUCACAAAUGAAUGUUAUAUACACAUUUUAUUGUAAUAGAUGCAAAUCUUCAUUGAAAGAUGUAAACAAAAGGUGUACAUUUAAAUGACACUUAUAUUUCAAACCUGGACACAGACAAGAUAUAACAGAAGAAAAUAGAAGAUGCACCUGAAGAUGUUGUCUAAUAAUAAAAAGAGAGAAGCCUAGUUGUUAGACCAUUGGGCCAGUAACCGAAAGGUUGCUGGAUUAAAUCCCCGAGCUGACAAACAAGGUAAAAAAUCUGUCGUUCUGCCCCUGAGCAAGGCAGUUAACCCACUGAUCCCUGGGUGCUGAAGACGUGGAUGUUGAUUAAGGCAGCACCUCUCUGGUUCAGAGGGGUUGGGUUAAAUGCGCAAGACACAUUUCAGUUGAAUGCAUUCAGUUGUACUACUGACUAAGUAUCCCCCUUUUCCUAAUCAGUAUUAUGCUUUAUGUAAAAUACAAUACUAGAUAUAACAUGUAGACAAUCCAGAGGAAAACAUAUUCACAGUGUUGUAUCUCUACCACUCUGUUUAACAAAAGUCUGGAAACAUGAGGUCAUUCAGUUCAGUUCUGUACUGACGUGAUGUCAUGAAUAUUGGUUUGUUACCAUAGUUAUGUAGACUGGAGGCACACGCUGGAGGAUGAUGUAAUGUUCUUACCCCCCCACCCCCAAUGCAAUCUCAUUAUGGUAGUAUCACCCCCCCCCCCCCCCCCCCCCCCUAUUUUGGAGUGGCAUUGCUCUGAUUGGAUAUAUCACCACUCUGGCCUCCCAGUGUCCUCAGUACAGCUGGUGUCUUCAGUCAUGCCAUACAGCCGGGUCAAACACACUGACCCCAAGGUUCAGGCACAUAUUGAUCACUUUGUCUCAAAUGGCACCCUAUUCCCUUUAUAGUACACAACUUUUGACUAGGGCCUUGGUCAAACGUAAUGCACUAUAUAGGGAAUAGGGUGCCAUUGGCAACAUGGUAGGUCUAAUAAACUAAAAAUACAUCUUUAAACCAAGCAGGAGAACUCAGCCUUGGGAGGGUACUGAGAGAUGGGUUAAAUAUGUAAUCAUUUACAUGCAACUACAUCAAGAUACAUAAUUGAUAAUAAUCAUUACAGGCUGUUAUAAUUAGCUUUCAGAUAGAGGUGUUGCAUAUCUGGCAGGGCCUGAGGCUUGAGGCCAACUGUCGUAGUUUAAAACAGAGGUAAUGAGAGUUUAGUUCAUGAAUAGCAGCCUAUAUCUAUACUAUAAUUAGUCAAUGUGAUUCGUUAAACAUCUUUCAGCCAGUUCACCAGGCUCAGAUUCCCCAAAACGUCCAUGUUUGUCUAACAUGUAGAUUUAGAAGAACAUACUUAUUUUGUUAAUUUUUCUGUCAGUUGUUUACUUGUUUUUACUUAAUGGAUUACCUCGCUAAACAUAUAUGCUUGAUGGUAUCAGUCCGAGUUCAUUAGCAGGAACGGCUCAGAUCAUUAGAAGGUAUUGAUGAUUGGGUGAGGUAGCCCUUUUAAAGUGCAAUGAGCUCACAACGUCUGGCUGAUUUCUUGGAAAAAGACUUGGUGAUAAACUGAUUAUCACAGAAUAGUCACCCAAUAUGACUAAAUAGUCAUAGGAUAGUCACUAAAUAGUCUCAGAUUUAACCGAAACACUGA